AUGCCUUGCGACUACAAAGCCUCACGACCAGCGCUUGCGAACUUCGCACACACUAUGACCACAUACAUCAACCAUCUCUCCCCGAAAGACUUCAAUCAAUUGUACGACCUUCUCGCCUGGACACCACCUCUUCCACACACACCCGCAGAGGAAGAGCGGAACAAGCGCAACCUUUUAAGCUGGAUUAUGCGCAACUACCCUGAGCUUCGUCACCCAACAGAGAAGAUGCCUACGACAGCCUUGCUGCAUGGUUCGAUGCGCCUGCGGACGACGUCGCCCGCUCACAUGCCUCAAGCUAUCGAUCGAUCGGAUACCACUCAGAGUGCUGCCGGCAAUUCUUAUGGCAUUCGUCCUCCCGAUCAUCAUUCUUCCUCGGCGAGUCUACCACCAAGCAGCAGAGCUUCCGGGACACCGCGACCUCAUCGUGGCGUGAAGUCCGAUAGUCUGGACGUGCUUAUGUCAGAGGGUCACCAAAGCCCAAUGACCGCUUUUUCCCGCGAGAACGAUCCAGCAGUGCGAGCAGCAUCAGCACCACCGUCACCUCCAAAGCAUCGAAGCUGCAGACUGCGCAACCCUUUAUUUGUCCAAGACGAAGAUACUUCUGACGACGAAUUGAGUUCCCCAUCGCAUGUGAUGAAGAAGAAAUCAGGAAUGCAGCCCCGACUCUAUGGGGCAUCUCGGACGACGUCUGCGCACACCAGCACACGAGCACCAUUCAUCCCAAUCGACACAGACGACGACGACGCCAACUUUUCCGAUCGCAAGUCCGGAAUGAUAGUCAUCGGCACUGAUGCUGAUUUUCUGCCGUCACGCCUAGACAUGGCGGAGAAUCUCCGUGCUCCUCCGCCCAAGCAGAAUCCGCAGCAGCAGCGACUCGGCUUCCAGGACCUUCACGCCCACCACCAAGAGGCUAUCGACCCACGCAUCAAGAGCAGUCCCAUCACCGCAGCAUCCACUCGUCAUCACACAUUACCAAACCAUCAUCGCUAUCAACAGCCAUCCAAUACCAACACUCCUCCUCCUCCUCCCACUCCCACUGCCGAUGCACCCAGUCCUCUUCAUUCUCAGCCCCAAGACCCUACACCCACAUCCCAACCCAAUCCCAAAUCCACCGCAAUGCUUUCAGCUCUCACAUCAGCUCUCGACACCGCUUGGUCCCAACUGCGUGAGCAUUGCCACGCCGGAAACUUGGCCGAUGCCGUCAACACACUUGCUACAAUGACGAGUCUAGUUGUGCUGGUGCGGGAUGGAGGAUUCGAGGUUGAGGGAGAGGAUCAGGAAGAGGGGGUGGCAUUGUAA